AAUUAGGCCGGGAAAAUAGUUGGAAAUAUGGCGGACCUUGUUAAUAGACAGAGAGGGGAGGUCUUGAUCAAUGACAAGUACAGGCUUAUGCGAAAAAUUGGCUCGGGGUCCUUUGGAGAUAUAUACUUGGGUGUGAAUCAACUGACGGGUGAGGAAGUUGCAAUCAAAAUGGAAAAUGUAUAUGCUAAACACCCACAGCUCCAGUUUGAACAUAAGGUAUAUCGAUUGCUUGCAGGUGCAGUAGGCAUCCCUCAAGCAAGGUGGUAUGGCACUUGCCGAACGUACUGGGUCCUGGUAAUGGAUCUUCUGGGUCCGAGCUUAGAAGAUUUAUUUACCUUCUGUUGCCGGCGAUUCACUCUGAAAACUGUAUUAAUGCUUGCUGAUCAGAUGCUCGCUCGGAUCGAAAAUGUUCAUAAUAAAAGUUUGAUUCACCGCGAUAUUAAACCUGACAACUUCCUCAUGGGGAUCGGACGUCAUUGCAACAAGGUGUAUAUGAUUGAUUUUGGUUUAGCUAAACGCUACAGAGAUGUGCGUACAGGACGUCACAUCGCUUAUAGAGAAGACAAAAACCUUACUGGAACUGCUAGAUAUGCCAGUAUUAACGCACAUCUGGGCAUAGAACAAUCUCGCCGAGAUGAUUUGGAAUCUUUGGGCUACGUCCUGAUGUAUUUUAAUCGAGGAUGUUUGCCUUGGCAAGGUUUACGGGCGACCACUAAACGUCAGAAAUACGAGAGAAUUAGCGAGAAAAAGAUGUCAACACCUGUUGAAGUAUUAUGCAAAGGUUAUCCCGCAGAGUUUCAGAUGUAUCUAAACUACUGUAGGGGAUUACGAUUCGAUGAAACACCUGACUAUAUGUAUCUUCGCCAGUUGUUCCGUAUUUUAUUUAGAACAAUGAGUCACCAGUUUGAUUAUGUUUUCGAUUGGACAAUACUUAAACAGAGAGCUCCUGCUGGUACUUCAUCUACACUCAACAAUGACACUACUAAUAUGUUAAACCGAUUUCAAGCUCUUCCGAAUUCUCCUGGUGCAAGUACUGCCGCUGAAGGUGAUGCUAAUGCAGAAGCCUCUGUCAACGCCACCGCUGGAGGCACUCAGGUUCCUUUCGGCAGAACAGGAUGAGUCUUCAGUGUUAUUCCUUUUGCUUUAGUCGAGUCGAAUACCUCUUAUACACCAACCUUUGCUAAAUUCAAGCAGCCAAUUUUAAUCUUUUCGACGUAAACCUAACAUUUUAGGGUAUUCGUACAUUUAUUCAUCCUAACUGUCAUGUCUUUCGACUUAUUUACUUUAUUCUGAAGACAAUUAUACUAAACAUUUAUGCUCACAGUUAUUGUUGAGAUAACUUUAAAUUUCUUGUGGCUAUAUUUGUUAUUAUAAUUAUUUUGGAGCGCGAAAACGCGAAACAAACAUGUCUUCAUACAAACUUCUAGGUUUUAUAGAACUGUACAUACAAGAUGUAUUUGAUUAACUGAUCACGCAUAUAUAUAUAUAUAUAUAUAUAUAUAUAUAUAUAUAUAAACACGAUCUAGAAGUUUUUAUAACUUCCUUAAGAAUUCAUUGGAUAGAUUUUGUUAUCUGCUUGUUAAUGGAGUUCCUACAUACAUUUUCGACGGUCAAUUUUGUUCAUUUUUAAAUCAGGGCUGAUUAGAGUUGUCAAUGCCACAAAAUAGUUGUUCUUAGUGAAUAUUGUUACUGCGGUUUCAGCAUGUGUUAAUUUUUUUUAUCGAUUGUAUGUUACUUGCGAAUUUCAUGCACAUCUUUACUGAUAUUUGAUGGUUUCUUUAAUUUUUGUCCGUAACACCUACAAUAUUUGUAAAAUAUAAAUUCUCAGUUUUUCCUU